UGUUUAAACAAAGAACAAUAGUGUAAAGGGGAUUGAAGUAAGAACCAUUGGGUUUGUAUCAUCUCUUUGGGACAUAUGUAUAUUCGUUUAGAUAAGGGUCAAAGGAUAGUAGCUAUGCUUAUUUCUCGUAAUGCAGCUACAUCGCGGAUGAAAAUAGAUUUUUAGUUGUGAAGUCACACAGAUGCUCUAGAUAUAAUUCGUGGCAAUUCUGUGAGUGAAUUGGCAGCCAUUUUUAAACUGCUCACUUAGUACAAUAGAGUAGAAAGGAUAUGAAUAAUGAGAAAUCCGAUUGCGAGAUAGUAGCUAAUAUGUAAACGCGUGAUAUUAAAUGUAGCGUAAUCGGCUGUGAAGAAUAUAAAAAGACAAUUCUCCAUUCGUGAAGUGUGGGUAUUCGUUUCGAGUAGACGGUACUCGAGCGAAUGCACUUCCUCCCCGUGAAAUUGAUGAAAUGGUGAACUGUCAACACCUUUGCAAGAUGAGAAUAUGAUUUUCAUUCGAAUUACCGUACAGCGUAAGAAUCGGUUUGUUUAAAGAUUAAUCGUGAAGAUUGUGAUAGAAAGAAAGAGUUCGAAGCCGAAAGGCCCCGGCUAAGAGCGAUGUCGAUUUUACCAUGCAAGAGAACAACGACGAAUGCAAUGAUCGUGGCUCUCGAAUGCUAAGUUCCUAUAAUAAUGGCAGAUAAUGUACACAGAAAAUCGCAUAAGCUAUCGGAUGGUAGUAGAAAAACAUCUAAUCCAGUACAUCGUACGACCACCGAGACAAUUCGGUUAGGAGAGCCCGAGAAACUGUACCAGCCGGUUAGUUUGACCACUUCAAGCAACGUGACGGCGAAUAAUCAGUGUCGGAAAAAGACAUCGUCCUUUCAAAUUACAAGCGUUAGCAGUCGUAUGAGCAAUGAUGCCGGCGAAGAUUCGAACGAUGAUCUGGAUGAAUCCCACACGGAGGACAAUUCGGUUGAACACUCGCGUAUCACUGACAUUGAUAUUGAAACGCCUAGUUACUCGGAAGAUACUUUCUCCAAGGAGGAUGUAUUCUUUAAUACCAGUAACGCUGCCCUCAGUACUGCUCCGGUGAUUCCUACAAGUUCUCAAUACGGUUUGGCAAUUGUACCCUCCGAAGGGAAUAAUGUCAGCAAUUCGGUAAAUGACAGCAAUAUUAAUACUUUGGACAUUACAUCCGUUACCGACAACAAUAUUAUUAAUUUGCUGUCGAGUAAUGCCAAACAAGAUGCAGAUUUACGCGAGGUACAUUCUCAUGGUAGAAACGAAAGAUUUAAAGUGGUUAAAAUUGAAAGUACCGAACCUUUUAAGAGAGGUAGAUGGACUUGUAUGGAUUACUUGGAUCAUACGUCUGUUAAUCAACCAACAGCGAUUAGUACACCAAAAGUAUCGGAUCCAAAUGAGGUGUGCAUAUCGUACGGAGUGACGGAUAGUGGAAUUGUUGUACCAGAUGCACCUAAACAGUCAGUUGUAUCCGAAGACAAAGGUAUAAGUAUCGAUGCUAACGGACAAGUAUCUGCACAUCCAGAUGUGCAUACUUCAAUUGGUGUACCAAGCAAUCCUACAUCGGUUUCCAACGCUAAUUAUGCGGUAAGCAAUUCGCUUCCUCCUAAUGCGCAGCAUAAUCCCACCCAAGUUCAAACACAGACUAAAGUUCAGGCACCUUCGCAAAUUCCUCAAUACUUUCAAUCGUCCGCUCAACAAUUGGCAUCGCAGCAACAACAACAGCAGCAGCAGCAGCAGCAGCAGCAGCAGCAGCAGCAGCAGCAGCAACAGCAGCAGCAACAGCAACAGCAAGGAGGACAAGGUUCUACAUUACCGUCGAAUCUGCAACCUACUCAUCCGAACAAUUUAACUCAGUCUCAGAGUAUGCCGCAGGGUUCUAUUCCUAUUAUAACGCCGACUGGUAAUAGCAAUGUGACUGCUCAACAAAAUAUACCUCAUUCAAAAGAAGAUACAUACGUAACAGUGAGCACACAAAAUCAGUCGUUACCAGUUCAGAAUGUUUGUCAGGCAUCCGUUCAACAAGCACCCGUACCAACAUCAUCCCAGGCACCCAACAUUCUUGUCACUCAACAACAGCAGCAACAGCCGCAACAACAGCAGCAGCAACCUCAACAGCAACAGCAACAGCAGCCCCAACAGCCAUUGCAAACCCAAAAACCAAUGACGCAAAUUUCAGAGCCAUUGACUGCCAUACAAGGAAUGCAGGGCAUCCAAAAUAUUCAUACAGUUCCUCAAACAGGUGCACAGCAAACUUCCUCGACCAUUCACGCUCCUGGAGCACCGGUACAAUCUCAAGUGAUACCGCCGUCUCAAAUGCAACCCCAAACUUCUGGUAGUAAUGCUCAAGUGCAAGUGGCACAGGUGACAGCAAGCUGCCAAAAUGUUGUAGGUGGUAUACAACAGGGAAAUAUAACGUUCCAUCAAACAGAUCCGGAGCAGGACUCCAUUUCAGGCAUUGUAGCUGGAUCCACUACUCAAUCAGCUAAUACAACCCUUUUAGAAUCUUUAACCGAAGUUACUCAAGGCAGUGACGAACACCAUGCCCUCGAAGACAAUGAAAGUAUGUCGGGAACUAGUGCUGUAGCGAUUGAUAAUAAAAUUGAGCAGGCCAUGGAUCUUGUUAAGAGUCAUUUGAUGUUCGCCGUACGAGAGGAGGUUGAAGUUCUCAAGGAGAAAAUAGCAGAGCUCAUGGAUCGUAUUAAUCAAUUAGAAGCUGAAAAUUCAAUCCUAAAAACACAUGCGACUCCAGAAACGUUAGCUCAAUUGAGCCAAUCAACCGCAAAAUUACCCCAAAACAGUUCAGGAAGUGGUCAAUAGUUUACUGUUUAGGAAAUAUAAAUAAUAAUUUAAAUCUGUAAAUUUAAUUUUCUUUCAAAAUGAUAAUCAUUUUGGGAAUAUGUAUUGUUAUGAUCCUAGACAAAAAAAGGACCUAUAUGAGUGCAUGCCAAGACUAAGCAGAGAAUAAGUAACGGAGUUAAUAUUGUUUUACGAUAGAUUCAAGAUUUUGAACAUGUUAAAAGAAAGUAUAUAACAAAUAUGAAAUAGGCAGCUAGACAUUCCUAGAUUAUUUUUCCUAUUACCUUCGCAUUUGGCCAAUUUCAUUCACAAAUUCAACUACAAAAUUGGCAAUUCAACCUUAGAAUUUAAUGUUCCAACCAAAAAGAAAGAAAGAAAGAAAGAAAGAAGGAAGGAGAAAACAUUUGUACGUUUUACAUUACGUGUGAUUUUAUGUUAACACACAUUUUAUCGUCAUUUUCAUUCAUAAAACCAGUCCUUUUUUAUUACGCGAAACUAUGUAAUUUUCACCGUUUAAUUGAACAUCAAGUUUCAUAUUUUAUAAUCUGUACUCGUGUUGUAGUCUGAUUUUCAAAGUUGUAUGUAUUAUAAUCAACAAUGCCAAUAUCCAGGGAAAUAGUUACUACUACUGGUGUGCAUUAAAAGCAAAAAAAAAAAAAUUACAGUUUCCUGUCAACAUUUUAUGUUACAUCUUAAACAUGCCUAAUAAAACAAAUUUUUAAUUGUA